UAGAGCAGACACUACAACGUCGACACCGUGACGUAAAGCUGUUAUAGCAUUGCGUGACUUGUUAUUCUAAGUAUCUUGAUCUGUUAUUACAUGUGUUAUUACACAAUGUCAAGCACAAGAAACAGUCGAUUGAUAGAAGACGAUUUGAAGUUCAUUUCAAGCUAUGGAACUAUCUGACGAUAUGGAACAAGAAAGCAUGGCCAACGCCCGAAGACUGUCUAUAUCACGCAAUCUCAUUGCCGGUGGAGUUGGUGGUAUGUUUGCAUGGCUGACGUCAUAUCCGUUUGAUACCGUCAAGACGCGCCUGCAAGCAAUGCCGAGCUCUGGUCAGCCACCGCCUUAUUCAGGYCCAAUCGACUGUCUAAAGAGUAUGAUUAAGGCGGAGGGCGUGAGGAGUUUAUUUCGAGGAGUAUCAUCACCGUUAAUGAUGUCAAUUCCAUCAACGGCUGUCAUGUUUUAUGGUCUUACUCUWGGAAAAMGRCURCAACUAACAGAUCUUGGGCAAGAACCGACAUUACUUCAGUAUAUGAAUGCAGGCGUUUUCUGUGGUUUUACAUUGACAUUAGUAUCCUGYCCSGCGGAAAGAAUUAAAUGUAUGUUACAGACACAAUUAAAAGCCAAAGGAAAGUCUAAUAAACAAGGUCCUUGGUUUCUUAUAAAAGCUAUAUAUUAUCAGGAAGGCUUGAAAGGUUUCUACAAAGGUAUCUUCCCUCAACUGGGGUUAACGAUGAUUGGAUUCGGAGCGUGGUACCUAACCUACGAAGGUCUCUUAAAAUCGAUGAGGCCACGUGAUAGCACACGUGAUGACGUUUCCAUGGCAUCGAUUGUUAUUKCAGGUGCGGCCAGCGGGAUAGCACUGUGGGCGCUUUGUUUUCCUUUYGAUGUACUUAAAACGAAGUAUCAAAUAUCCCCGGUAGGUAAAUACCAGGGAAGUCGGUAUAUUCUACGGGAAAUUCUAAGCAACGAAGGAAUAAAAGGCUUGUACAAGGGGUACGGCACGGCAUUGGUUCGAGCCCCGAUAUUCAAUGUUGCACUUGUUAUUGGGUACGAGUUGAGUUUAAAAACAAUGAUGAAACUACUUCCUUCAUUAACACUCGUAACAUAUGAAACUCUGGAACAAAUUGGUAUUUUCUCUGACUUUAACAAUCCUUCAGCUAUGGAACUACCUGACGACAUACCUAUAUCCCCUGCACGCAAUCUUAUUGCCGUUGGAGUUGGUGGUACGUUUGCAUGGCUGACGUCAUAUCCGUUUGAUACCGUCAAGGCGCGCCUGCAAGCCAUGCCAAGCUCUGGUCAGCUACCGCCUUAUUCAGGUCCAAUCGACUGUCUAAAGAGUAUGAUUAAGGCGGAGGGUUGGAGGAGUUUGUAUCGAGGAGCUGUAUCAUCACCGUUAAUGAUGUCAAUUCCAUUAACGGCUGUCGCGUUUUAUCGUCUUACUCUGGGAAAAAGACUACAACUGACAGAUCUUGGGCAAGAACCGACAUUACUUCAGAAUAUGAGUGCAGGCAUGUCCGAAGGUUUUACAAUAACAUUAGCAACCUGCCCCGCGGAAAGAAUUAAAUGUAUGCUACAAACACAAUUUAAAGCCAAAGGAAAGUCUAAUAAACAAGGUCCUUUGUUUCUUAUAAAGAUGAUAUAUCAUCAGGAAGGCUUGAGAGGUUUCUACAGAGGUGUCUUCCCUCAACUGGGACUACUGAUGAUUGGAUUCGGAGCCUGCGAAAGCUUAAAAUCGAUUAGCAUACCCGAUGACGUUACCAUGGCAUCGAUUGUUGUUGCAGGUUUGGCCAGCGGACUAGCACUGUCGGCGCUUUUGGUUCCUUUUGAUGUCCUCAAAACGAAGUAUCAAAUAUCCCCGGUAGGUAAAUACCGGGGAAGUCGGUAUAUUCUACGGGAAAUUCUGAGCAACGAAGGAAUAAAAGGCUUGUACAAGGGGUAUGGCACGGCAUUGGUUCGAGUCCCAAUAGCAAAUGUUGCAUUUACUAUUGGGUAUGUGUUGAGUUUAACUCAUGAUCAAUGAUGAAACUACAGUCAACUCUCUCGUAAGCGACCACCUCGAGAGAUGGUCGUUUACGAGAACGUUAACACAGGAAACCCAAACAAUGAUAAUAUUAAUCACAACACAGGAGGCCCAAAUAGUUCAAAACACGUUCGUAUUUAAAAUCUUUGAACAAUGAUACUGCU